CACGUAUUUGUGUGAGGGUGUGUGCGUGGAUGCAUGCACACAUGGAUGCAUGCGCGUGUGCGGUUGCAGCUAUUGUGGAUUCGCGUUCGUUUUGCUUUUCAGUUUAUGCAGUUUUACAUAGGUUUCAAGGACAUUUGUAAGGCUGUUAGGCUUUGGUCAGAGUAGACAGUCUGCAGAAGACUCAUCUGUUUCUACUUUGCAAUGUAUUGUGCUGAGGUUGCUGUUUCUUCCUCUAACAAGUUUUUAUCCAUUCAUAUCCAUUUUACAGUGACCACAUAUUAAUUUUUACUUUGGUAAACCAGAUCUUCCAGAUCAGGUCUUGAUUGCUCCAAAAAGAAGCAAUCAAGUUUAUCAAUAGCGAAUCACUUUCUUAUCUCAAAGUAUCUACAUGAUGCUGCACUAUGACACUAUAGUGUGAAAAGGUGGUUUCAUUAUUUUUCAGAGUGCUUUCCAAAUCUGACAGUGGACCUACAAUCACAAUGAUGCAUUGCCCUAGUUUUGGCAAGGUAUCUGUGUGUGCUUGUGAGUAUCUUUGUGAGGCAACGAUAAAGAUCAGAACGGAGAAUGACAGCUGUGAGAGAGUGCCUGUGUAUCCGAGAGAGGCAGCUGUUUGUGUGUGUGUGUGUGUGUGAGAGAGAGAGAAAGAGAGAGAGAGAGACAGAGAGAGAGGCAAUUGUGUGGGAGAUAAUAUGCAUACGUAUGUGUGUGACAAAGAACAAGCAGCGUGUAUGUGAAUUAGAGGUGUGGGAGUGUAUGACACAGAUAUUUAUCCUUCCAAAGAGAAGGCAUCACAACAAGAGAGGGAGAGAUAGAGAGCAAAACAGAGAGACAGACCGAUAAAUAGAUAGAUAGAGAGAGAGAGAGAGAUCUGUUGGGUAACCCAGAAUAUGCUUUUGCAGUUUACUUCUCACAUUUGCUUCCGAGUAUGAUUCAGGCAAAUUCACGUUUGUCAGCACCAAAGCAAUGUGACUGAGGGAUCACAGAAUCACCAUACGUUCUGGCAUUUCUACCGGCCCAAGAAAGAGACACAGCUAUCUUCUCAAGUUGAAGACCACUAGACAAGCCUAGCACUGAAGGCAUGAAGAAAACCUGCCCAGGCACCACACUCCAAGUGCCGUUUCAGGGGGGAGCCAGAUCAAGAUUCCCUGAUCAAGAGCAGAAGCACAGGUGCCUAUUCUUGAACAAGGGGCAGAGCUGUCUAACUGAACCACUGAUGGCUUUAAGAGUGGAAGAGAGUGCCUCACUCCUUACAGAAACAGAUUACUGAAACAACACUACAUUCACUCACACACUUAAUUGAAAGCUACUAUUUGUAUAUAUUCCCAGUAAAAUGUGGCUCUGAUAUCACAGUUUUAAAAAGGCAGCCAUCACAAAACCAAAAAAAUGACUUCCUGGUUGGCCGCACUUCCGGGGCUGCGUGGACAUGCAUAUUUAACUAGGCAUGAUCACGCCUUCAGCUAACUCUUAAGAGUCUAUAAUAUGUAGAAACAGCGACGCCAAUAGAAACUAGGGAGUACAUAUCGGGUGUACAUCAGAACCAGGAAAUACAAUUUUUUCGAUCAACAGACAUGCUCAGUUGUGUCCUUGGCCACAUGCCUAAAUCACGUGUACAACGAGGAUCGCGCAGACAGGCUAAAACAAAUAAUACAUUAAAAAUUAAUAUCUUUGUCUCUCUUGAGGGAAAAUAUAUUUUACCUACGAAAAAAAUAAUAAGUGAUUUUUCUUCCUAAUAUAAUGCACGGAGUUAACAUCAAUAUUUGAGUGGAAGUAUUUUAUUUUUGCUGUCAAAAAUGAAUGGAGCCCAAUGAGGAAACUUGCUUUUUAAACGAAAGUCAUUUAUAUAUCAGCAGGGGGCGACAUUACAUCGGGUGCCCCGUGUCCUGUGUACGCUCUAUGGUCUCUGCUUAAAUUGUACGUUAUCGUCCUAACUACUGCUAGUGUGCAUCAGGGUAAACAUUUGUACGUGCAAUUAUAGAUUUGCAAUUUUAGUGGGUUUUUUGAAGAACUUUCUGGCAUGUAACCGAUAAUAGCUAAUAGCAAUAUCUAAAGAUGAGAAAUAGUAAACAGGACAGGCAUUGAUGUAAGUAGCCUAAAGCAAAUUGUGCCACCAACUGUCAAUAUGGAUCCGGUUUCAAUCCUUGUAGGCUCAAUAAAUUCAUUGGGAUUUGUUAUUCGGAACAAAAGAAAAUAAAGGUCUGCAACUUUGGCGUCAUCCUUCCGCCACGACUCCUCCCAACUCCCAUUUCGUGUUUUAAAAAAAUCUAAUUCGGAUUUAAGUGCUUAAGAUAGCCAUUAAAUCUUUAGCACUCUGGGUAUUCCUUGGACUGAGGGUCAUUACAGCCGGACAAGGAGCAAAAAAGAUCUUUGCGCGCUUCAUUGGAGUGUGUCCGUCUCGAGGACAAUGGCGUAAACAAUAAAGAAACGAGGAAGGGGGUGGGCGCGAGGAGGAAAAAGGGUGGGAAAGGAAAAAACAAUGCGGGAGAGAUUCCCCUGUUGCGUUUCAAAUUGAAAAGGCUGAGCGCUAUUUACUAUUGUUGUGCGAUUAUUCCCCUUCAGUUUAUUCUUAACCAUGGUAGAACCUGUAGGGGGUGUACAAUUUUAAAGAAGUUCUUCAUAAAUCUAGCCACUUUUUAUGUCUACUUACUAGGCUAUAGUUUGACUACCAUUUUGUCCUAUCGACGCAAUACAUCAAUCAAUUUCUGUUGUCAGUUAGCCUAUUUUGUCGAUUUUGGUUUUCAGUCUGAAAAUAUUCACUAACUAGAGAUUAAAGGCUACGCGACACGUAUAGUGAAUAAAGAAUACGGUAAACUUUUAAAUCCAAAAUAUAAGGAAUUGUUUUAAAACAUCUACAUUGCCUAUAUACAGCCUAUAGGCCGGAUAACUCGGUGGUUAGGCGUAGGCCACGUCUAUCAGUAGCCAGUCAUUGUAUUUUACGAUGGACUUGUUAUACAUUUUAAGAUCGUAUCACUUGUUACUAUUUAUCCAAAGGUAAUCUGGAAUUUUCUCAUGCAACCAAAUAGGCUAUGUCAUGUAUUGCUAGGCCUACUUUUUUUGCAACAUUAAAUUAAAACGGGAUAUAUACAGCACUAUGAAACCAUGGAAUAGGCUACUUAUUGCGCAUACACAGUACAGUGGGUUGUAAAAAUUAUCAAUCCAACGUUGUAGAUGCAAAAAUGAAGAUAAGGACAUAGGCCCCAUAAACGCCUUUUCAAUGUUUAUGUAAUCAGAAGAAUGUGAUUUCUUGAGAUUUUAGCGAACCUAUUUUUGUAAUCGGUGGCACAUGGCAGAACUGUCUUUCUUUAUGGCUGCCUUUAAAAUUCCUUUAACAUGAUGAAAUCAAUUAAUUGAAGACAGGCCGCACAGGUCGGAUUCUGUUAAUCCUUGCAAAAUUUAAGAACGGUCAGUAGGUACUCGCCAGUUUUGCUCCUCGGUUAAACCACAUGCGCGUUACUCUAUCCUACUUCCAUUCAUCCAUGGCUUGACAACGGGACAUGAAGACAAACACGUCCCUCCGGGCUGUGGGAAAGUGCGGGGCAGAAAGCACCCAUAUAUUGUUAUGCAAAUUGUAAUAGGGAGGCGGAUUCAGUGCGCAUACAUAUAGACCGCUGUUCCCCAUAUAUAUUUUACUUUUUCCAUCUCAGAUCGAUCCAGGACAUCAAACACAACAGCCUUCAGUGAAAGGCGCAUAACGUGUCAAGGAACACUGUAGGACACAAAGGGAACACUUAGGUGAUCAAAAUCACCUACAUUUUGGAAUGACAGCAUCCAGUAUGGGUAGUCUUUCAGAAAGGAAUUUCAACGCGAAGGAAGAGAGGAAGCUGCGGAAGCCCUUGAUUGAAAAGAGGCGCCGGGAGCGAAUCAACUGCAGCCUGGAGCAGCUGAAGGGUAUCAUGGUGGAUGCCUAUAAUCUUGAUCAAUCAAAGCUGGAGAAGGCAGAUGUCCUGGAGAUCACAGUACAGCACAUGGAAGGUCUGCAAAGGGGUCAAGGGCCAGGUAUCCAGGUUUCAAACAGCUGUCCAGGGUGCAGCUUGGGGCUGGAAUCUCACCAGCGUUACAGCCGUGGUUAUAUCCAGUGCAUGCAUGAGGUGCACAAUCUUUUGCUUAACUGCCCUAGCAUGGACAAGACCUUGGGUGCACGCCUGCUCAACCACCUGCUCAAGUCUCUCCCUCACAUCAGUGCAAAGACCGUCAGCACUUCUAACACCAGCAACAAUGACAUUAUUGGUAGCAUGGGCAACUGCAGCCCCCUCCCAGCCUCUGCAACUCAUUGCCCACUGUCACUCCCCUUAGCAGCUUUCCAGCCCAACCCCCUGAACCCCCAAACUUCUCCUUCACCACCCCCACCCCCGUCCCCAUCUCCAGCUAGCCCCCAGCUCUCCCCCAGGUCCCACGAGGCAACAGAGGGUAGUGGUGGUGGCAGGGAAGUUAUGCCACCCUCCACCCCUAACUCUCACUCCCCCAUCCUCCACUCAGGCCUACUUCUUCCUGUCUUACCCCUAUUAAUCCCAGGAGGAGAUCCCUCCAUGUGGAGGCCAUGGUAAAAAGGCCAUUGGAAAAGAAAAAAAAUCCGCUAGACCGUAGUCUUUCAUCCAGAAAGACUAAGGUCUAGCACGUUUUAACUAGGGUGGAUUCAUCCUUUUUUGAUAAAACGUAUGUUUAUUUUUGGUAAUUAGUGCAUGGGAGACCAGGGCUAAGUGCCUCAAAGUGAAUGUAAUGUAAUGGACUCCAGUUCUAAGUGACCUUAAAAAGAAAUGGACUAUCUUCCAUAAAUUGCAUCUUAUUUUCAGUGAUAUGGUUUGCAGAACAUCCUUAACCUCAAAACAUUCAAGCCUUAAUUUAUGGGGUCAGAACUAGUUGUUUCAACAAUGUAGCUCCCUAUGGAGACCAGUUCUUGGUAUACUGCAUUUGUGUGUGUGUGUGUGUGUUUUUUUUUUUUUUUUUGCUUCUAAUGAAGUAAUUCUUACAUUACAUUUUAUUUUUUGCAUUUAUAUAUAUUUUCCAGUUAAAUUGAAGAGGGUUUAGAGGAAAAUACCAAGUGUCUUGAGGAAUUUUGAUAGUGGAUUAAUUUGUGACACCUAGAAGACAAACAAGUCAAACAAAUUGCAAUAAUUCAUGUAUGAACAUGGAUACCUACUAUUGUCAAAGUAAUGCACAACUUAGGUAGUAAGUUACCAGUUAACUUUAGACAAUUUUGUGAUUGAAAAAGUGACAUCAGUAGCUUAACUGAUUAUAUCUAAUUUACAGAAGUGACUAUCCACUUAGGGGGGUCACACACUAUGGCAUAAGUAGAAGAGUGGUAAUAUUCUCCCAGGAAAAAGAAGUUGAAAAAACCUCUGCCAUUUAUAUUACAGAAACAGAAGUUUAGCUGGUACCUCAUACUGGAGCAGCCAAUGUUGAAUAUUUCAUGGCGGUAGUAGAUUUGGGUGUAUGGUUUGGCAUUGUGAUUGACUUGACAAUUAUUAUGAAAUUGCUUGUGAGAUACUUUGAAACUAUGUAUGAAUGUCAGAAAAAUAAAUGAAUGAAUAAAUGAAUAAAUAAAUAAAUAAAUAAAUAAAACAAUCAUUAUCUGA